AUGUUGAUUGAAGAAAUUGAGCAUGGGAUUCAACCAUCAACAUUAGAUCCAUCCACUCAAAUCAUUGAAGAUUUUCCCGAACCUACCAUCCAAGAAAACAAUGAACAGCUCAAAAAUGAUUUCUUAAAACCAUCACCGGAAUUAAAUUGGGAACUACUAGAUCUUUUGCAAAAUAAAAUUGAAGUUGAUAAAGACAAGUUAAUUGAUAAGUUAAUUAUAAAUCCUCCUACUUCAAAUCGGACAAAAUUUAGAUUCAAAAGAUCAGGAAUUGAAGGUCGAAUUUCAGGAUAUCAAGAAGAAAUUGAUUUGAAUGAAGUAAACUCAUCGGCCUCAAAUUCAUUAAGUAUAAACAGAGAUUAUUCAUCAAAGAGUGAAAGUCUAAGAGGAAGAUCGGGUUUUUUACCUUUUCAGCCUGGUGGACUUAUACACCAACAAGCUCAAGAAACUAAAGACAAUACAUCCAAUUUGCAUAGAAAUGAAUAUGGACUAUUUGACAUUCCACCGGGAUUUGAGAGAGGUUUAGAAGUUGGAGAGUCGUCUAGUGUAUUAGACUUUGGGGAAGAAGAUAACGACAUUGAAGAAAAUGAAAUACAUGUGAAUCAACAUGAUGUGAGAGUGGAAAACCAGAACAAAACCACUGAACCUAAACAAAUACCAUUUGACGCUUCAGAGGUUGAAGGUCUUGUUCCUUUCGAUUACUCGUCUUUUAAAUAUGACGAUAAAAAGUCAAACGAUAAGAGAACUUGGGCUCACGUUGUCGAUUUAGAUCAUAAGAUAGAGGAUUUUAGUGAGUUGGUACCGAACAUGGCGAGAACUUGGCCAUUUGAAUUGGAUACAUUUCAAAAAGAAGCAAUAUUUCAUUUGGAACAAGGUGAUUCGGUGUUCGUGGCAGCACAUACAUCAGCUGGUAAAACCGUUGUUGCGGAAUACGCAAUAGCGAUGGCUAAAAGAAAUAUGACUAAAUGUAUAUAUACAUCUCCAAUUAAAGCUUUAUCAAAUCAAAAAUUCAGAGAUUUUAAAGAAACUUUCAAAGAUGUUGAUGUUGGACUAAUCACUGGUGACGUUCAAAUUAAUCCUGAAGCUAAUUGUUUGAUUAUGACUACAGAAAUUUUAAGAUCAAUGUUGUAUAGAGGAGCAGAUCUAAUACGAGAUGUUGAAUUUGUAAUUUUUGAUGAAGUUCAUUAUGUUAAUGACAUUGAUCGUGGUGUUGUUUGGGAGGAAGUCAUCAUAAUGUUGCCUGAUCAUGUUAAGUAUAUUUUAUUAUCUGCGACUGUUCCAAAUACGUUUGAAUUUGCCAAUUGGGUUGGGAGAACUAAACAAAAGGAUAUGUAUGUGAUAUCAACACCAAAAAGGCCAGUUCCUUUGGAAAUUUUUAUAUCUGCUAAAAACAAAUUAUUUAAAGUGGUUGAUUCAACUCGUAGAUUCGUUGAAAGUGAAUUCAAAGCUCAUAAAGAUUUGUUAGAAGCUGGAAAGGCGAAGAAAGAGCUACCGUCUACAUCAAUGGGAUAUGGAAGCAGAGGUGGACCUGGAGGCUCGGCAAGAGGGGGAAAUCGAGGUGGUAGAGGUGACAGAGGAGGAAGAGGUGGUAGAGGUGGUUCAACAUUAAUGACCAAUAGAGGAAAUUUUACGAAUCCAAAAAGAGGUAGUGAUGGACCAAAUAAAAACACUUGGCCAGAGCUAGUGCUGUAUAUGAAAACGAAUAAUUUGUUACCGGCAGUCAUUUUCGUAUUUCUGAAAAAACGAUGUGAGGAAUAUGCUGAUAGUUUAAGAGGUGUUGAUUUCUGCAAUGCAAAAGAAAAAUCCGAAAUUCAUAUGUUCAUUGAUAGAGCAGUUGGAAGAUUAAAGAAAGAAGAUAGAGAGUUACCACAAAUAAUGAAGAUUAGAGAAAUGUUAAGUAGGGGAAUUGCCGUCCAUCACGGUGGUUUGUUGCCAAUAGUUAAAGAAUGUAUUGAAAUCUUAUUUGCUAGAACGUUGGUGAAAGUUUUGUUUGCAACUGAAACAUUUGCUAUGGGUUUAAAUUUACCAACUAGAACUGUUGUGUUUAGCUCAACAAGAAAGCAUGAUGGUAGAGGAUUCAGGAAUUUGUUACCAGGAGAAUUCACACAAAUGUCCGGAAGAGCAGGUAGAAGAGGAUUGGAUCCUGUAGGUACAGUUAUUGUGAUGGCUUAUAACGAUCCCUUGUCACCAAUCGAUUUUAAAGAAGUUGCUUUGGGUACUCCUACAAAAUUAUCCUCGCAAUUUAGAUUAACCUACAAUAUGAUCUUAAACUUGUUGAGAAUUGAAGCUUUAAGAGUCGAGGAAAUGAUUAAACAUUCGUUCAGUGAAAAUUCGGCACAAGUAUUACUACCUGAGAAUCAAAAAAGACACGAACUACUUAGCACAGAAUUACAAAACUUAGAUUUAAGCUCUUGUUUAAAGUGUAAGAUGAAAGAUGUGGAAGAGACCUGUAAAUUAUUGUUUGAACAUGAAAGAAUUUGCGGAAUGUGUGUACAGGACAUACACAAGUCACCCAUAUUGAAGACUCAACUACUCAAAGCUGGAAGAUUAGUAUUCUUUAGAGAUAAAAAUCAUGAUUCAAGAAUGGGUUUUGUUGUCAGAUCAGAUAGUACGAGUGAAAAUAUAAUGUUGGUUACUUUUGAUCAUGGGAAGGAGUAUGAUGUUGCGCAAGAGACUUACAAGAUGCCAUACUUUCCUAUUUAUGAGUACAAUAUGAAAAAUUUUCCAAAAAUCAAAUUUAAUCCCAAAUUCAAAGUCACUCAAAUUCCAUUUGAUUGUGUCUAUUUCAUUGGAAGAAUUUCACUCAAGAUUAAUAUGACUGAUUUCGUCAAUGAUGAGUCAAACGCUUUAAAUGAAGCAAUCGCACAAAUUAAGCAACUACUAAACUACCAAAGCGAUUUAACGGAACUAGACUUGUCCAACAGUAAACAAUUAUCACUACACGAUUUGUCCAAAGAGAAAGAAAACAUUCUUAAAAAGAUAAAAGAACUUCGUGGUUACAUUUGCGUUAAUUUCAAACAGCACUACAAGGAGUAUAGAAAGCGCCAUAUGAUACAGGAAGAAAUAGAAAGUCUACAGAGAUUGAUUUCAGAUGAGAACUUAGAUUUAUUACCAGAUUAUGAGCAAAGAUUGGAAGUUUUGGAUACACUUGGAUUCAUCGAUGAUCAACAAAACGUUGUACUCAAAGGUAGAGUUGCUUGUGAAAUCAAUUCUGGUUGGGAAUUAAUUAUAACUGAAUUGGUAUUAAACAAUUUCCUCGGAGAUUUUGAACCAUCGGAGAUAGUAGCAUUAUUAUCUUGUUUCGUUUACGAAGGUAGAACUCAAGAAGAAGAACCGCCAUUAAUCACUCCAAGAUUAGAAAAAGGUAAAGCUAAAAUCAAGGAAAUCGCUGAAAAAUUACUUAAAAUAUAUAUUGAUAAAAAGGUAUCCUUAACUUCUGAGGAAGAAGAUUUUGUGGAAAGUAAAAGAUUUGCAUUAGUUAAUGUUGUUUAUGAGUGGGCAAAUGGAUUAAGUUUCAAUGAAAUUAUGCAAAUGAGUGUUGAAGCUGAAGGAACAAUUGUUAGAGUAAUCACUAGAUUGGAUGAAAUUUGUAGAGAAGUCAAAAAUGCUGCAUUAAUUAUUGGUGAUUCUAAAUUGCACCUCAAAAUGGCUGAAGCACAAGAGAAAAUUAAAAGAGAUAUAGUAUUCUGUGCGUCAUUAUAUUUAUAA